AACGAUCUCGCGGCGGCCAUGUUGAAAUCCAAAGUCACGUGUUUUACAAUUCUCGGCAACACUCGGAAACUCCCGUAAAUUAAACGGGAAUUUUCAAAAUGGCGGCUACUGGAAUUGAAGAGGUUCUGCAGUCUCUGAUGGACACUCUUGGACUUUGUGCCGAGAAAAUAAAAGGUUCGCAUGGAAUUUUCACUUUGCAACAUCCUAAUUUUUUCGUGAAACUAUUACGAUGACGAUCAGUCCUUCCAUGCUGCUAGCUGUACAAGUGACUUGUCUAAAAUCUAUCAGUUCAACUAUAGUUUUCUUAUCAAAACUAGAAUCUUAUUUCUCCUCUUUGUGUUCAAUACAGAGGGAAGCUUAGGACAAGUGAUGGAGGACUUGGAGUUGAGUUUCUCUCUGGAAGAAUUUUGGAUGAAACUAGGUGAUUUAGAUUUUAUUUUACAAAACAGAGGAUGUUCCUAUCAUCAUCAUCAUCAUAAUCAUAUCUGUCAUCAGUACAAUCAGCUCAUUAUGUGGUUGAUGAAGCACACCAGUUAAAGCCUCUCUCUCCCCCCAGUUUCUGCUGCCUGUUGGAUUGAUUAAAUAAAUGAGGUCAUUAAAAUCUGUGGCCAUCCACUAGUUUCAACUAAGGUGGUAUUUUGACAAAUAUUUACACAAAAGGUCCUCAGCGUGGGUUUUAUAAUUAUUGGUAAAGGAUAUAAGGAAACACAUUGGGUAUCUUCAGAGUGGGGGCUGUGCAAAAAUUGGACUGCAACCCAUGCAUACAUGAUUAUAGAACUGCUCUUCUGGUUUGUUAGGGUCGCAUGACUGGCAUGCACAGUGAAUACUUGAGAAAGUAUCAAUCAUGGAUGCCCUUUCUUUCUCUGCAGUUUAGAUUUCUGUGGCUGGGAGAGGUGUUCCCUCUUUCCCACCUUGUAUUCCUGGGAGAGUCUUUAAUGCUAUUUUACGCUCUUUUCCUUCAGGCAUGACCUUCAGGGCUGUUUCUAAAGAAGCAACUAAACUGACCAUUUCCUUUUCAAAGCCUCCAGUACCAUCAGUUGAUGUGAGUCUAUAUCAAACAAGCUAGAAAUGUUUUUUUUUUAAGGUCUUGCUUAAGGAUACUUUUAAAUCAUUUUUAGACCAGUUUAUUGAUCAAGCCAACUAUUGUUAAAACUUGCCUCAUUAAAAUGCUCCCUUUUUCAGGAACUACAAUGCCUCUUGACUGGAUUUGAGACAUCAGUUGUGGCCAUGUUGACAAUAUUUCGUUCUUUACCAAUAUCCCAAGGUAAAUUUUAUAAUAUUGGUUAACACCUGAACUAGCAAGUUAAUGAAACAAUGGCCCAUUACAUCUAGAACUUUUGUCAUAUUCACUGUCAUGAAGUGAAUAGUAGUAUCACUACUUCUCCUGCAAAGGAUGAAUGUUCAUCAGAUUGUCACCCUUAAGUGACUCAUUUGCUUUGUCAAAUAGUUUUUUGGCAUUCAGUGACACUCUUAGUUGGAGUUAGACACUGUGAUAGUUAAGUGUCCUGCCUAAGAACUUUAGUUUAAACAAUAACCCAGUCAUGAUUCUGCCUCAGGCUUCUUAAUUCAAACACCACUGUGCUGACAAUCAGGCCCCAGUUGUUUGAAGGGUGGAUAAGGCUAUCCAUUGGAUAAAUCUCUAUCCAUUGGAUAGUGCAAUACAUUUUGUUUACAUUUAUCCACUGGAUAGCAAUUUAUCUAUUGGAUUGAGUUAUCUGCCCUUUGAACAACCCUGUCUGAUACUGAUACUGAGGACUACUUUUGUGGUUCAUGAAGUGGAUUAAGAGGUUUAACUGUCAAAAUUCAAGUACAGAGUCUUACUACACUAUUUUAGGGAAAUAUCUUUAUAAGAAACUUCAGGAAUCUGUUCUAACUGUGGUGGAUGACUGUCAAAUUCUUGCUGCUUCGUUUAUCAAGGAAGGCUGUUCAAGGUGAUGUAGCAAGUCUAGGUUCAGUUGUUUAAAGUACACAUGACAAUGUUCAAACAAAAUUGCCAUUCAGCAAGCAAAUAUUGACAAAACAUUCAUUCUGUUCUAUCCACUGGAUAGAGAUUUAUCAAGUGGAUAGCAUUAUCCACCAUUUGAAUACUGAGACCAAAAGUAAACUGUGAAGAUUGGUUAAAUUUGAAUCAAUAAGGAGGCCAUAUGCAAGAUUUUCAAUUAAGUUUAAAUUAACACUUGUUUUGUUUGGCAGUGUUGCCAGUGCAAAGACAAAAUCAACAGGAACUUUGUGGGAACAUUGUGAUGGUUUUCAACACCUUCCAGCAGGUAGGAAAUUUAAAAAAAAACUUAAAUUAAAAAGCUUGUGGAAAGUCAGUAAUUUACCAAAAGAUACACUGUGGGCUGUCUGCAAAACUGUCAGAACAACUGCCUUAUCUGCUGUAGAGAAGACCACACAUUGACCCAUGAGCACUUUGAAUUUUCAAGAGAGGGAACAAAAUGGAUUAUUCUAUCAUCAGUUAUGAUUAGUCACUUAAUGCUAUUGAUGCGCACUAAAGAACCCUUGUGGUGGAACUUUUUGCAGAUGACAAACAUGCAGUUUUACAAGUAUUUCAUUCAAGUUCAGAGUUGAUCAAAGAUGCCCUCACUGAGUUAAAUGAGGUAUUUACAAGUUUGAUUUUAUUGAAUCUGCUUAGUUGCGAUCAGUUCAAUUUUAUACGAACCUUAAAGCAAAAACAGAAAAAUUUCCACUGCUUGUUGCAAAUGACUUCAAUCACAUCUGUAGCCAAAUUGAAUUAAUUUUACUUGGUAGGUUUUCCUCUGUUUUUAGGCUCAAAAAUGUAAUGGAUGUCAAGAAAAUGAUUGUGAUGAAGAUGAUGAUGCAACAAACAAAGAUGGUUGGUCAAGUGAAGAUAAAUUAUUGGUUCCCCCUUGUAUAGGGCUUGUCAAGGUAUGCAAUGCUAAAUUACAAAUGGAUUUUUUUUGAUAGAUUGACUGACUGACUGACUGACUGAUUGAGUGACUGACAAAUGAAUGACUUACUCAUUCAUUCUCUCACUUACCAACCAACCUACUGAGUGACUGACUGACAAAUGAAUGACUUACUCAUUCAUCCUCUCACUUACCAACCAACCUACUGAGUGACUGACACACCAGCUGGUUGGCCAGCUGGCUUGCCAACCGACUACUUGCUGAGCUGAUUGGCUGCUUAACUGACAAACUAACAGAUGGUUUCAAUCACAUGACCGUUUUACAGGUUGACUCACUAACUGAUGAGUGGUUACUCAGUGGACUGAUUGAUUGACUGAAUGACUGUCUAAUGUAGGUAAGCCUCUUCAAUAUCCAUCUGUCCAUUAUCUUCUAACAAAAGUUUGGUUCAUGUUUCAGGCGUGUAGGUCUUGUCUAAAGAAAAUUUCCAGCGCUAUUCAAACUUCAGGUCAAGUCACAUCAGUGGAAAAUAUUCAGCAACUUGAUUCAAUGGCAGAUGAAAUCCAGAGAACUAGUUCAAGGUGAAUGGACAUUUAAUGUUUAAGUGUACAUGAACCAAAUAUUUUUUUUAGCAUCAAGUAAAUGGCUCCUUAGGGUGAAAGUUACCACAAAGUAAAAAAAUUUCCCUUUUUUUCAAUGUGGCAAACAGUGAAUUUUCUGCCUUGAUGGGACACCAAAAUCUCCACACUAUUUUAAAGGGAAAUAUAUGUUAGCUAUAGGAAAGAAUUACGUGUUAGAUCUUAGAGAUUAAAUGGUAAAUGUAAAUAACUUUUUUUUCUUUGUGUCAGUGUUGACGAUGUGGUCAUGAGUCUUUACAGUCCUAUGAAUCAUCACAAUGUUUCCGAAUCAGUAAGUCAAUGUUUAUGUAAAAUCUCGACUUUCUCCUUUGUCCUGUUUCCAAGUCUUGUGGCCUGUUGAUCAGUUACUAAUGUAUGUACUUCAUGCAAUUACAGGCCUCUAAGCUGUCUGACCAGUUAAAAGAGAUACUGAACAAAGCUAGGUAAAGAGUAAAACUUGAUUACGGUGUUUCUGGAUUAAUUGGUCAAAAAAACAUUUUCAACCCGGGCAAGAAUCGAUGCGGCUCAUAUCGCUGACUUUUACUUUCGUAUAUUAUUUUUGUUCAGGGAUUCUCAUUUUACGCUGGACUCAGACUCCUCUUGGCUCGACUUUCUAACCAAGGCAAUAGACCAUAAUAUGAACAAGAUUACAAGUGUUCUCCACGAGCUAGAAGAGACGAAUACAUGAUCUUCAAGAACUUCCAGCAAAAUGUAAUCAAGACAUGUUAACUAACAGACAUGGUUCAAAUCGGCAGAGGAGCUUAUGAAUACGUUGCUAGUCAAGUCGCAAAAAUAGUGAAUCACAAGAACUCAAAAUCUUGAGUUUGAAUCUAUUAACUUGGAAUUUGUCAUGAAACCGAAAAAAAAGUACUUUUUGUUUAAUUAAUCUGCAUUUUUAUGGCGCCUCACCCUCAUUUAUGUAGGUAAUACUCAGCGAUUUGUCCAGCAAAUUCGCCCAUUCCUUUAACCAAUCAGAUUCAAGACUAAAACUAGUUGCAGCUUGGUAACUCGCGUUUUCCCGCGCUUUAGACAGUUUGCUUAAAUUAUUAGAGGGGUAAGUUUCUAAAGAAACUGUGGUGCUGCGUCGGUGGGAGAGUAUAGCAGGUAAUUUAGUGUUAACAACUGGGUUGA